AUGCCUUCUGACUUUAUACCUUCAAAUCAUCCCUGGACAGUCAUGCCAGCCCACCUGUUAUCUACCCCACCACCCAUCACACAAGAACUGAAGUGCCCCACGCCGGGAUGCGACGGGUCAGGACACGUCACGGGAAACUACUCGUCGCACCGCUCGCUCUCCGGCCCGCCCCCAAACCAAAGCCCAAAACAACACCUCACUGACCGCAAUUGUGCUGCCCUUAGCUGUCCAGUCCCUGGAUGUGAUGGGUCGGGGCACUCCACGGGCAAGUUUCUCAGUCACAGGAGCCCAUGUAGUCCCUUGAUUAGAGGAAGGGGCUCCAUGCGGCAGGUUUCCCAAAGUCAGAUCUAUAAUCGUAGAUUUAGAUUUAGCCACUUUAGAGCCAUUCAAGCUCAUGCAAAGCCUUCAGACCCCCACUUAGUUCUGACCCUCAAGGGAGGGGACGGCGAGGACCACACUGGUUUGGCCUCGGAGAUCUCGGAGUUGCAGAAAGAGAACGGUUCCAUGGAGGGCCACGUGAACAAAUUGCGCCAUGACGUCUCCUCUAUGGAGGCGGCUCUCAAGGUCGAGCAGAAGGUGAGUCGGUGGUGGUUGUUGUUGUUUGAGCUUUGCGAAGACCUGGCUUCGGAGGCGGCUGGUGCUGGUGAGCGAGGCGCGCAGCUAACCGAGUACUACGAGUCGCUGCGGAACAACGUGAUGUCGCUGCUGGAGCACGUCAAGCUGCCCGGCGGCGGCACGACGGCCCCGAACGAGCGCAUUAACCACGACAACUUUGACUCUUACCUCUCCAAGAUCCACUCUCUCUGCACCGACAAUUACUGCGAAGACAACCGGCCCCUCUACGACAGCGUGCGAUCCGCUCUCCAUGAUUUCACCGUGCCCCCCACGCCCAUCUGACAUGACUAGGGGUACGCCGGGGCGGCGAGCGCUCCCUCCAUGGCCACCGCGAGCGUCCCGCCCACGCAUAGCUACUUCCCCACCUCCUUCACCUCCCCGUUCUUCGGAGUGCCGCCUGUCAACACCACCAACAUGCCCAACGCGGCAACCAUGGGCAACAACAUCAGCAACAUCAGCAGCAGCAACACGCCAACCUUCACCACCACUAGCAACACCAACAGCAGUGGCAACAACACCAGUAACGGAGCCAUGAGUGGCAGCAGGUGACGGGAGCAGUGGCCUCCCCCCCCUUCAGCCUGAUCGGGGUUUUAUAACUCGUCAUAUCGGGCUGCAAGCGUCCUUUAGGGCCUCUAGUCAAGAAAUAUUAUGUAAGACUCCCAAUGGGACACGGAAGGUCACUAUAAUUUUUUUUUAUUGUCAUUAUUAUCAUCUUUAUUGUUAUUAGCGGGCCAGGCUACGGUGGCCCUAACCGGGAUCUGACACAGCCCCAGUCCGGCGGAACCACGUCGUCGGUGUCUGGUGGCUGUGUCCGGGCCCUGAAUUGCUUGGCCCUGAGGCCCCAGGCACUGCUCACCUCGUGUUGCCGUUCCCACACCGAGCUUUAACGUCUGCGAUGUUAAUGUAAAUAAUCUAAGACAAUUUUCUCUGUAAAAAGAUGUUUCUCUAGGUCAAAAAGUCAUUUGUUGGUGUAUUUAUUAUGUAUAGACAAUUAGCUUGCAUUAACACAGUCGAGACAUAGUAUUGUGUGUGUGUAUCCAGGACGUCGACUUGUCUGCAAGCUAAGUGUCUAUUGGGCCAAGCCAGUGUGAUGACUUCAGUGUUAGAAUAGGGAGCUUCAUUUCCUUUGCAAUAAAUUUUUAUUUUUCAUUUCCUUCAGAGUGAGACGUGGAGUGUCCCUCAGUUCAGCAGUGCUUAACAGAUUCUAAAAGAUGGUCCAAAUGUCGAAUGUUUGGUGUUCUAAAUGUUAGAGAUGUCCAUUUCAUCUCUUGACAUCCGACGAGUUACAGACAAACAUUUUUUAUCUUUUAGAGUCGCUUUUGCCUCAUAAUCUAGUUCUAUUGAAAGAUAUUCUGGUUGUAAAAUAGUUGUGUUACUGUUUUAUCUAUAUUCAAACUAUAACUUCCUAGGUUUACUCAUUGCAGACUUAAGAAUGAUCUAAAACAUCCUUAUAUUCAUGACAUGAACACAAUAGACACCACAGUAUUUAGCAAGCAAUAGGCCGGACACCUGGUGCCUUAUGUGUGAUCCAGGAAAACAGUGGAAGGAUCUGAACCCAAUGAACCACUUUUUGUCAGCAUUUAGUUUAGACUUACGCGUUUACUCAACAUCACACAUUGGCAGACGAUUCGGCCUCGGUCAUUCUGUAUUAUUCCCAUUGGACAAUCAAAAGAAAAGGGUAUAUAUACACUCACACAAAUAUCCAGCUUUCUGUAAAUCUUUUGGUAAAUUUGGACGCACCAGAAUCUCAAAAUUUUUUAUCCUUUUCAACACUUCCAACUUCUGAGCGCAGAGUAUGAAUAUUUGUUUUCUCUCGGCAAGUACAGUCCUACAGAGCACCAUUCCAGGUAGUGAUUUGCAGAUUUAUGUGUAAAGAAAGCGAAAAUAUAGGAUUUCUUUCGUGGAACUAUUUUGUAAAAUAUUUUGUUUCAGUGCGGCACAUUUCUAUAUUAAUAAGAAUAUAUUGUUUUUCGCUGCUCAUGUGCGUUACACUCAAACAUGAUUUUAAAUGUCAUCGUAAGUUCAUGUGGCACAGGAAAAAUGGAAGGGGAACCUUAUUGGCAAAGUGGCUUGUUCAAAGUCUCUGUUCUUUGGCAUUGGCCAAAAAAUAUAAGCAAAUGGCAGAUGGUAGCGAUUAAUAUAAUUUAUGCAAUGGGACACAAGUACAAGUAACUGGAUUUGCAGAUUUAGGAUUGUUUGUGUUGAAGUUUGGGAGUUUCUGGAUCACUUUCAAAAACCAUCAGAAAUCCAACACUUCAAGAUGAGUGAGUUGUGAUUGUGCCUUCUUUAAGAAGAUGUAUUUGGAAUUACAUACAUACAUAUAUACAUACGUGUAUUAAUACAUGAAUACAUACAUACAUACAUAUAUCCUUGU